CAACUUCUCCUCCAUAAAUAAAAUCGGUGAGGGCGGUUUCGGUCCUGUUUAUAAGGGUGUGCUCUCUUCUGGACAAGAAAUAGCGGUGAAAAGACUUUCUAAAGAUUCUGGACAAGGGCUUGUGGAGUUCAAGAAUGAGGUUACCUUAAUUUCAAAACUUCAGCACCGGAAUCUUAUUAGGCUGUUGGGAUGCUGCAUUCAUAGAGAAGAAAGGAUGUUGAUCUAUGAAUUCAUGCCUAAAAAGAGCUUAGACUUAUACAUAUUCAAUCAAACAAGGGAAACAACUCUUAAUUGGAAGAAGCGCUUUGAUAUCAUUGUGGGGAUUGCUCGUGGACUUCUUUAUCUUCAUCGGGAUUCAAGAUUGAGAAUUAUUCACAGAGAUCUUAAAGCCAGUAAUAUUCUUUUAGAUAGUGAGAUUAACCCCAAGAUAUCGGACUUUGGCUUGGCAAGAAUACUUAGAGGUGACCAAACUGAUAUAAAUACUAAGAGAGUAAUUGGUACAUAUGGAUAUAUGUCUCCAGAGUACAUAGUAGAUGGGCACUUUUCAGUGAAAUCUGAUGUCUUUAGUUUCGGUGUCAUUGUUUUGGAGAUAGUGAGUGGGAGAAAGAACACAAGAUUUGAACAUCCUGAUCAUAACCUCAAUCUUUUAGGACAUGCAUGGAAAAUAUGGGUUGAGGGCAGGCCCAUGGACCUCAUCGAUGUUUUGAUGGAGAAUGUUCCUGCAUCUGAAGUGUUGAGAUGUAUCCAAGUAGGACUGUUGUGUGUUCAAAAGCAUCCAGAAGACAGACCCUUAAUGUCAUCUGUUCUCUUGAUGUUGGAUAGUGAUAAUGUCUCCUUACCCCAACCUAAACAACCUGGAUUUUAUGUUGAAAGAGCUUUUACAGAGUUAGCUGAUUCUUCAUCAUCAUCAUUGAAUAAGCCAAGCCAUGUUUCUACUGAUGUAACUGUUACAAUACUACAGGGGAGAAGAUAA